GUCCGUCGCCCGUGACACCAGACAACAGCUGCGGUUCUGUGCGCGCCGCGGUGCAGCGCUCCGGGCCCGGCGGAGUGAGCGUGGGCGGCAUCCGCCAGCGGCUGUGAUAUGGGGACUGAGAAAAAGGAGGUGCUUCCCAAGGAAGAAAUUUCUGAAGAAUCCAAGCCACAUGGACCAGUGUUCGAAAAACUUUCACAGGAGGUUUACCAAGGUCACGGGUUUGGAGCAGCAAAUGAAAAAGACGUAUUAAAGGGACAUCUGAGAGAGUCUCCUCAGGAGAGAGACUUUGCAUCAGGGUUAAUUAUCUUCAAGAUGUCAUCCUUAGGUGAGAAAGAGCAGGAUAGUGGGAGUGAGAGCGGCUACAGUCCUGACCCAAGAGUGGGGCUCUGCCACGGAGAUCCUCCAGCAGAGAGGGACCCAAGAGUGGGGCUCUGCCACGGAGAUCCUCCAGCAGAGAGGGACCCAAGAGUGGGGCUCUGCCACGGAGAUCCUCCAGCAGAGAGGGUUAGUGUGUUUGCUACUUCUGCCCAGAGCUUCAUGGAGAACAUACAGCUUCAUAAAGCACAGAGGACUUCUGUGGGAGAAAAGCCUCACACGUGUAAAGAAUGUGGAAAAGCUUUUAAUCAGAACUCGCAUCUCAUCCAGCAUAUGCGAGUUCACAGUGGAGAGAAACCCUUUGAGUGCAAAGAGUGUGGAAAGACAUUUGGAACUAACUCCAGCCUUCGAAGGCACCUGAGAAUUCAUGCUGGAGAGAAGCCCUUUGCUUGUAACGAGUGUGGGAAAGCCUUCAUUCAGAGCUCACAUCUUAUCCACCAUCAUCGAAUUCACACAGGAGAAAGGCCUUAUAAAUGUGAAGAAUGUGGGAAAGCCUUCAGCCAGAAUUCAGCCCUUAUCCUGCACCAGAGAAUCCACACUGGGGAGAAACCGUACGAAUGCAAUGAGUGUGGGAAGACCUUCAGGGUCAGCUCCCAGCUUAUUCAGCACCAGAGGAUUCACACCGAAGAGAGGUACCAUGAGUGCACCGAGUGUGGCAAAGCCUUCAAGCACAGCUCGGGCCUCAUCCGACACCAGAAAAUCCACACUGGAGAAAAGCCCUAUCUGUGUAACGAAUGUGGGAAAGGCUUUGGUCAGAGUUCUGAGCUUAUCCGCCAUCAAAGAAUUCAUACAGGGGACAAACCCUAUGAGUGCAAUGAAUGUGGGAAGACUUUCGGGCAGAACUCAGAGAUUAUCAGACAUAUUAGAAUUCAUACUGGGGAGAAGCCCUAUGUAUGCAAGGAAUGUGGGAAGGCCUUCAGGGGUAACUCAGAACUUCUUAGACAUGAGAGGAUUCACACUGGAGAGAAACCCUUUGAAUGCUUUGAGUGUGGCAAGGCUUUCAGGCGGACCUCUCACCUAGUCGUCCACCAGAGAAUACACACUGGGGAGAAACCCCACCAGUGUCACGAGUGUGCAAGGACCUUUUGGGAUAACUCAGAGCUGCUGCUUCACCAGAAGAUUCACGUUGGAGAGAAGCCUUAUGAGUGCCGGGAGUGUGCGAAGACGUUCAGCCAGCUCUCGCAGCUCACCGUCCACCAGAGAACCCACACCGGAGAGAAGCCGUACGAGUGUCAGGAGUGCCAGAAGACCUUCAGUCGGAGCUCCCACCUCCUCCGACACCAGAGCGUCCACUGUGUCGAGUGACCUGCGGGCCAGGACUGUGUGGAAAGGCCGAAGCAGGCUCUUCACUUCUUCACGCUCUGUCCCCGGGUCCUUGGGUCACAUGCAAGGACAGGCCCUCCUAUGCCCAUGCCCUGAGCCUUGUUGUGGUAGCUGGCGGAAGUGAUGGGGCAGUUUCAUGAACUAUUUAUUGAGAAGUUUGUGCUCUGAAUUAAAUCAUGAGAGCUGUUUCAGGCCUUAAUUCUCCUCUGUCCUUCUUUCCUUCUUUCUUUUCCUCCCCACAGGGGUCUGCACCUGUGUCUAAAUUGUUGCUCUUUGUGAAAGUGGGGGCAGGAUUCACUGCUACGAACUACAGAGUUGACUCACUGUCUACUGAGAUGUUAGAAAAUCGUGACCACUCCAGCCCACUGCGUAGCCUUGGGUACCUUACUAAGCCCCCUGCCCCUUAGGCCUUAAAAUCUUCCGGUUGUGUUAUCAAGUUCCCUUGAACAUGGCAGCAUUAAUGAGAAAGCAGGAAGCUGCGUCUUUUCACAUCUGCUAGGCUUCUUACUUAUUUGAAGAGGGGUCCACGAAAAGGAAGCAGUUUACAGGAUGGAGUGGAAGCCUGAACACCUGGAGGAAGAACCAGAGAGACAGCUGAAGCCGGCUGCUGAGCCCGGGCAGGAGAGGCAGCUCAGCGGCAGCUCCUCCUGCUGCUGCCAUCCUGUCGGGAAGCAGUGAACAGGGUGGUGUGGCUUUUCUCUGCCGGGCACCAGGCCGUGGUGGUGAGCUGGAUAACUCGACGAAUCAGGCCUGGCCUUUCCGACAUCUGAACUCUCACGACCACCAGCUGGGGGCUCUGAGUAAUAGCUGUAAGUGUGACAGCUCUUCUUGGCUUGUCUUAUGGCCAAGAAUUCUUUUUCCAAUAUCUCUGCAUGUCUUCUGUGUCCUCCAGUUCUAAUGUUUCCAUGUGUGAUGUGUGUAGUAGAAAGAGAAAUUGCACUAAAGAAAACAUUGCAGGCCUGGAUUCUUAUCCGAGAACUCUCCCUUUAAUGAGCCCUUCAUUUUCUGGUCCUUGGUUUUCUCAUCUGCAAAAUGAGGGGUGUUGAAUGAAAUGAUCUCUCAAGUUUCAGGCAGCCUCUAAGAAAAUACGCUAAUCACCAGUUCUUUUUUUCAGUACUUGAGUUUCAUAACCCAAGGCUUUGUGUUUGCCAGGCAAAUGCCAGGCAAGCAGUCCACCUCUGAGCUUCAGCCCUAGCCUCAUCCCCUUCCAGAGACAGAUCCCGAUGAGCAGUCCGGUAACUGUGCCAGGCAGUGUGCUGUCAGCUUACACUUAUUUCCCGUGAUACCUCUGUGAUGUGGGUAUAGCUUUACUCAGAGACAAUUUACAUAUAAAGUUUGUGGUGUGAAAUGUCCAAUUGAGUGAUUCUUGCUAAAUUAGAGUUGCACAGUUUUCUUCAAUGCAAGUAUUCUUAAGCCAUCUUAAAUGAUGAAUGAGUUUAGGUGGGGCAGGGAAUGUUAGGUGAUUCAUCCAUGAUCGUGUUCCGUCUAGAGCUAAGAGUCCAGGGGUCUAUUAGCCGCUGUGCUGUGGGUAGGCUCCUUCAUUAAUGCCUCAUUUUAAGCCCUUUGCACACUUUUUUUUAUUACCAGCCACUACACAGAUGUGAAGAUUUUAAACUAUAUCUUAGCAAACGUGACUCAUCACAGCCCAGUUCUGCAGGGCAGGCUUUCUCUACCCCGAGAGCAUUUUUCAGGUUUCUAUGCUCGGCUUGAGAGAAAAGCAGUCAAAUAAGCAGCUACUGAGUCCAUUCCACAGCUUUGCAGGCAGCCGCUCUGCUGCCAGAUGCUGGCAGGAAAGCUCUGGCUGCCUCCCCCUGGUUACCAGUGCAGUGUGGUCUCCCUCGUUUUUGUUGCUUUGCUUGGGCUCAGAAUAAGCUGCGCCUACCCUGUCCCCAGGACGUCACUCACCUCUGUAAUUUAGGAUUUUUGUGGUCCCUUACUUUACUUCCAGCCCUUAUAUAGAGCCAGCAUCUAAGAAAGCUCAUUUAAAAUGUGAUUACAAUAAAAAUUAAAAAGCCAAGUGGAAACCUUGUCUACAAAAAACAUCAGCACUCUUCAAACUCUCCAAAGGAAUCUUCCCAAGACAUGCUCGUGAGGACCACGGCCUUCCCUGGAGAUGAGCAUGCUGCGCAAAGGUGGAGGUUCUCAUGUCUUUCCUUUCAGACUUCACUCUCAGAAGUUCUUGGUGAAACCAGCAGUGCAGGGUUUUGUUUUGUUUUGUUCUGUUGGAGACAGAGUUUCUGUGGCUGUCCUGGAAUUUGUUGGGUAGAUCUGGCUGAUCUCAAACUGAGACCCACUGGCCUUUGCCUCCCAAAUGCUGGGAUUAAAGGUGUGCACCACCAUGCCCGACCCUUUUCAGGGCUUAGUUUGGGUUUUCCUUGCUGUUGUUUUGGUUUUUGGUUUUUCCAAAAAGUCAAUCCUUCCACCCAAAUUCAACACAUAGUUUCUUUUUCCUCGCUCCCUCCUUUCCUCCUUU